CUAAAUACUCAUCUGCGAAACCGAAACAGGCCUUCACGGCACUCCACCACCAACUGCCUUUACAUGCUUUCAGUUUGAACUAAUUUCUCUCUCAUUUCUCUACGUCUUCAUUGACUUAUUCUCUAGACUAAAUGGCUCUUAGAUUACGGCGCCUCAGAGAAAUUUCAAGAGCUAUGCCUCGAUAUUUAUCUUCAGGUAUUACUUGUCUACAUUCUAGACAAGAUACUAUUCUUCCUUCUCCAUCUUUUAUUCACUUGCGUAAUAUGUGCAUGAAAAUCAACAAAAGCCUUAUAGAUAAAGGAUGCCAUUCUCACAGGUUGUCAACUUUAUCAGAUUCACUACAUGAAUCUUCUUCUGAAUCAGUUCUUUUGACUUUUAUGGAGUCCACUCUUGACGAGCUUGAAGGUCCUUAUCAUUGUUGGUUGAAUAAGCUUGAAGAGAGCAAGGAACUUUUUGACAGAAAUGGAAUUUUUUUAGUUCUUUCUGGUGCAUUCCUUGACCGCUGCUCAAUGUUGAGCAGUGAUCAUGUUGUUAUGCUUGAAAGAGUUAAAUUUCUUCAGCAGAGGUAUCGACAACUCAAUGUUUUUGGUUUUCAGCCUGUCAGUGCAGUUGGUUCAAUUGCUAGUCACACAUGUCUAAUUUGGACAACCCUGAAGGAGUAUAUAACAUUUCCUAUCUUAUUAUCUAGCAAGAAUUUUCCUGAGAUAAAAAAUGGGGCAUGCUACCUUCUAUUUAAAGCCUUCAAGGGCCCUUUAAUUUGUCAUGAAAAGAGUGCAGAUGUAGGAACAAUUAUCAAAGAUAUUGAGGAAUUAAACUUGUUACAUAGUGGGGAUUCUUUGACAGUCCAGAAGUUUCAAGGCACUGGAGUAAAGCAGUCUGAGUUCAUUAAGGAACCAUACAUUUGUUCAUUUCUCCAAAACUUACUUUUAUACUUUCCAGGCUGCAUUUCUGUAGAUGAGACUAGGAACCGCUUGUUCCUUUCUGAUACCAAUCAUCAUCGAAUUAUCGUUUCUGAUGGAAAUGGAAUGAUUUUAGAUUGUAUUGGUUCUUCCCCAGGUUUUGAGGAUGGUGAAUUUGAAAUUGCCAAGUUAUUCCGUCCAGCAUCUUCUUUUUAUUACCAAGCUGAGGAUUGCCUGUAUUUUGUGGACUCAGAGAACCAUGCAAUCAGGAAGGCAAAUUUUGACACAAGAACAGUAGAGACAUUCUUCCCAACAAUUGGCACCAGUAGGAAAAUUUUUGGCAUGUGGGGCUGGAUCUUGGACAAGCUGGGGAUGGGAAGAGAAGCUGCAGAGAAGUCUCAGGAAUUGGGUUUGGAGUCAUUAAUUUUUCCUUGGCAUUUGAUGAAAUCAAGAGACAAUGAUCUGUUGAUUGUUAACCGCAGAUUUGAAACAUUAUGGGUUAUGAAUUUAGCAUCUGGGGAGAUCAAAGAAAUUGCCAAAGGAUUUUCAAACAUUAUGGAGAUCUGUGGACAGACAAUCAUGGAGAAAGAAUCCAUUCUGAAAGAGAUAGGUGCUAAUUGGUUGGAGCAGAGUGUUAAUACUUCAAUGGAGUGUCUUUCAUUUGCUAGUUUGAUGUCAUCAAUAGCAACCUUUGAGCAUUAUAUCAUAUUUUGCGAUGCAGUUGGUCACAGGGUUUUAAAACUUGAUAGAGAAUCUGGGGUUGUCUCCGAACUCCAAUUGUCUAAUUUUGGAAUGCUUGGGCUACCAUACUGGUUGGAUUUUCCUUUGGAAAGGGUUUUUGUUGGUGGAAAUGCAUAUCAAAGGCCAUGUAUUGAUCAUUUGCAAUGUUUCAAUGUGCUGCCAGGUAGGUGUGACAUUCAGGUGACUGUAGAUAUCCCAGAAGGUACUGAGCUUGCAGCACCACUAGAAGAAGUCUGUAUCUGGCGACAAGCAAGAGGAUCUGCUGCUGAAGUUUCAGGAUCAAAUGGUGUUUCAAUAUCUUCAGAGAAGGUAGGUGUUGCUCAACAGUGGUUUGAUGAGUUGGAUAACCUAGCAUUUUCAGAACCUGGUUCAGAAUCAAACAUCCAAGAGGAAACUGAUUCUUCAGAUAGAAAUUUUCAAGAUGAGAAAGUAGUGCACAUUGAUUCUGCCGUCAAUAUUAGUCCAGGAACAAGCGAGGUUAUAAUUUAUGCGGUGCUGUAUUUAAAGCUGAGCAGAGCUUGGAUGUCUGCUGGAGUCAAUCAGGAGAAUAAAGCACAAAGAUUAUUAGAUAUCUUGAAUUAUGAUAGAAGCGGAAAGAAAGGAAGAGAUUCAUCAAUACAACUGAUGUUAAAGUUGGACAGAGAUCUUGGAGAUGUCACCUUCAUGAGACCUCUGCACCUAAGGAUAAGGUUGGAGUGUCGCGACCAUCCAGUGCCUGAUAGAUCAAAAGAGGUUAUCUUAACCGAUUCUUCUCUCGAGGUUAAAGUGUCUCUUGAUUAGCUGAUUUUUAUUGCUUUCAAUUAUCAUUUUUGACUGUUAUAUUCUAUGUAACUUUUGUGUAAUAUGCCUAAUUAUUAGAAAAAUUCAUUUUAAUCAAGUAAUAGUAGUUUUGCUUAAUUUUGUUUUCUAA